CAUGUAAGUACUAAGCCUGGCUUAGGCUUAUCUUUUAGCCAGACAAAGUCAUAAAGAUAAGUCCAAAGAGACGAAUAAUGCUCCUAUGAAGUCGGAAGUCAGUAGGAAAAUGAAAUUGAAAAAUACAAGGAAUACGAAAAUCACUAGUAUCAGAAAACUUGUUUCUCCGAAGCCACAAACAAAGCUUGCACCACUUACAAAAAUAUCGUACUAUUUAUUGUAAUUUUCUUAACAGGUCUAAAAGUCCAUUCAAAUUUCCUUCAAAGACUCCUUUAAAAGCUUCAAGUAGAAAGGGAAAACUUCAUGAAAUCACUAAGACUUCUGCUUCAAAGCCAAGUUCUGGCAAGCUUCCAAUAAGUUUCAAUACGAGUAAAAGGUCCAAAAUUCAGAAGAACUUGAGCAUGGUCCAACCAAAAGAGCUCAAUGUUAUCCCUGGAACACCAAAGUAUAAGAAAACUGACAGUGGCUUCUCAAAAAUUAAGAAGAAGGUCAACCUCAAACUAGACAAAAUUGGCACUACUAUGAGACCAAGUCUUGGCUAUACAGCUUCUCCAAGCAAGAAGAGGCCUAAAGGAACUUCUCUUGUCAAAGAUAAUCCUACCAAACUUACUAGAGCUAAGCCCCUCACCAGAACUAACAGCAAAACUCCAAAGUGCACUAUUUUUGACAGCAGCACUCAUUCUUCCCAUAUCCUUGCAAAGAUUUUCUCCAAAGAUUACAGCGCAGAAAGGAAGUCUAAGAAUCACUUGAUCUUCAAAGAAGACCAAGAAGAGCCAGAAUCUGGAGAGUCCUCAGAAGAGGUAGCCCUUGGUAAUAACUUCCCAUUCUGAUUAUUAUAGAUCCAUACACUAAUGAGACAAAUCAGCCAAUUAGAAAUUUCAGUGACGCAAUAGUGCAUCUAAAGUCCUGUAUGAGUCAGCCUAAGCUUGAGGAAAAUAGCUCUCAGACUAAUUCGAUGACUGAUAAUUCUGAGCAGUCGGAAAAUAGAAUGGCACAUCUAAGAUUUCAGACUGUUGCAUCUGGAAAUAGUUUAGCCGCAAAAAACUAUCACAUGAACGGCUUUAAAACCAACAUUAAUGAAAAUGAAGAUUAUGGGUUCUAUGUUGGGCCUACCCCAAUUGCAAAUAAAUCAAACUCUACUAAGAAUCCUAUUGCUUCAUCAGAAAUUUCAGUAAAUCUAGACUGCAUUUCAAUAAAGAAUAAGACUCUGUGAAAGUUAACAAAGGCCAGCACUAUUGCACUUAAAAGAGGACUCACUCGGAUGAAUUCGAAUGCUUUCAUGAAGAAGACAUCUCCUGAAGCUCUGAUUGUCAGAAUUGGCAGUCCUGGUGGGAUCUCCUUUGCAGUUAAAUCUAUCCCUGGAGUUGUCCCCUACAAGGAAGGGGAUAAAUGCCAAUCUCCAGUUUCAAGGAUUAAGACAUCCAAGGAGUUAAAAUCAAAGAAGAACCAGGAUGCAUUCUUGAUUGUCAAGAAUUUGCUCAAUUUUGAUAACUAUUGGAUGUUCUCUGUAUUUGACGGUCAUGGUCCAGAUGGCCAUACAAUCGCAAACUAUGCUAAAACUAGUCUCCCAAAAGUUAUGAAUAAAAACUACGAAAGAGUUAAGAAGUUUGAUCAGAGAAUUAAUAUCUUGCCAUGCACUUCUACAUGUCCUAGUGAGAGAGGUAACAGUAUGAGCUCUUCAAGUACAAGACUAGUCAGAGGAAUUGAUAGCCUAAAGGAAAUCCAUCAAUUUCUUCCUGACAUCAGCUAUAGAACGAUGAAAGAUGUCAUGAAAGAAAGCAUUAUUGAUAUUGAUAGAUCCCUUGGCACUCAAGCAAAGUAUUCAGGAACUACAUGCUGCUCUGUUUCAAUAUUAGGGGAUAAACUCCUUUGAACAAACGUUGGAGACUCACGAGCAAUAAUGAUCUCAAAGAACCAGAGCCUCACUCCAAAUUCUUUGAAGGAUUCGCUUUCAAAGAGUCACCAAAACUCCAGCAUUCUCAAGCAGAGAUUGAGAAAAAUAAACAUUAAUAAAGAAGUCAUGAAGAAGUGGAAAGUUACUCCUCUUUCCUCAGAUCAUAAGCCCAUCAACGAAGAACGAAAUAGAAUUCUUGCCACAGGAUUCGGUAGUGUUGACAGACUCGAAGACCAAAAAGGGGCAAAGCACGGCCCAUUCCGAGUCUUUGAUCAGUAUGGACUCGAUGGUGGUCUUGCCAUGUCCAGGUCUAUUGGUGAUCACAAAUUAACUAAGUCAGGCGUUAUUGCAAACCCAGAAUUCUCAGAACACAAAAUUACAGAGGAUGACAAAUUUCUAAUAAUAGCUUCGGAUGGAAUAUGGGAAUAUUUAUCAAAUGAAGGUUGGUUUAUUACAUUCUUACAUAUCUAACCAAAUUUACAGACAUUUUACACCUGAUGCAUAAGACCUUUUAUGAACAAAACACCCAGAAAGUACACCAUCGAUCACAAAGCUGUGCUCAUAGAAGCAGCAGAAUGGAUAAAGAUGAAUAUCAAACAAAAGAGCCCACCCAAGAGCACAAAAUUCAGAAAUUUUGUGAAAAUCUCGUUAAAGUGGCCAAAUACUAUUGGCUUGAAGACAACAAGAACUAUUGCGACGACAUCACGGUCAUGGUGAUCAUGCUGAACCCUCUACACUAAU